AUGUUCAACACCUACACCUCUCUUAUUGCUCUCGUUGCUCUGACAACCUUUUCUCCAUCUGCUCAUGCAAUUUCUGUCCCUGAACCUAUCAGCGCCCUGUUGGUCCAGGAUCCUGCUGUGCUCCCGGCCAGCACCAGUUCUUCUCACCAGCCUGAACUUACUCGUCGCCAGUAUGGCUGCGGUUCUUGUGGUGGCUACGGCUGCGGUAUCUGCGGCGGCUAUGGUGGAUAUGGUGGAUAUGGUGGAUACGGCGGCUAUGGCGGCUAUGGCGGCUGGGGAUUCCCAUUCGUGAGCUCAUCCAACAACGACUUCGAUCGUGCUUCUAACCGUGCCAACUUUAACGAGAACACAGUGUACGCUAACAACGUCAAUGCUAACCAGGCCAGCGACGCUGUCAAUUCCAACACCAACAACUUUGUCUCCAGCUAAGCACGAUGGCAUGAUCCAGAUAUUCUGGUCACACCAAAUCCUUGAAUCUUGGGAUGAAUAGAGAUGGGUCUUGGAAUUUGUGAGCGCAUCCACUUCCACUCUUAUCAAGCGAG